AUGUUCGCAUUCACUCUCCUUGCUUUUGCUUCUGGCGCCUUUGCUAUGCCCGCCGCCCUGUCCACCCGCCAAGACCCGUGUAACGCCCUCGGGGUGGGAUCUACCAGCUCCCUCGCAUACAACUUCAAACUGACAGUGAUUGACCCAUCUGUUACGUACGAUCCGACGUACACCGGCGCCCCGCUCGCACUCGUCAGCGGCGAUUCCGACGGCCUCUGGUGGCUGAAGGAAAUUCACCAGACAGCCUCGGGAGUGUUUUCGGGUUGGACGCUCGAGGGUGGUGCGCUCAUUCCUGAGCCACGCUCGCCCAACGGCGGGUUGGUUGGCAGCGAUAUGUCGGUCGCUGAGGGUUCCAUUGUCGAGUUUGCGGUGACCAACAACGGUUCGGCCAACGCGGGCGCGGGACAGACACCCUACUGCGCUGUGACCGAUGCAGGCGGAAAUGCUACGCUCACGGUCAAUGGCGACGGCAACUCGUUCUCGGUGUGCCAGACCCCCUCCCUGGAUUGGAUUUUGGUAUACAGCGCGUCGAGCGACAACAGUGGCGCAUAUACUCUGGGCAGCUGCACCAAGCAGCAAGUGUACCUUAUUCGGGCUUGA